GGACGCGUGAUACCUAGCUUGUCUGCUGCACGCCGCCUCUCUUAUCGCCGUUGCCAUUCACAUGCCCUUGACACUUCCUCGCUGCCGCCCUAUGCUCAUGCUUCCACCUUUGCCUAUAGGUGAGCUCGACUACGACCAGCGGGCGGGAAUCCGGGAAUUAGGCGUGCUGGGUAAACGUUGUUUAGCGCGCCCAGGGUGCGGAGCAUGGACGCAUACAGGUGCAUCGCGGGGUCAGGCCGAAUGGUCGCCCGUGGGGUUCCAGGCUUAUCGCGGGUAAGUAUGACUACCUGGGUCACGACAGUCACGCGACGCUCGGUAAAAUGGCCGUGGUGGCGCAGAUCAACGCACACAACCCCGGUCCGGCUCCCAUCAGCCAAGCCCAGCUGUGGCUGGUUCAGGCGCCGCCGGGUUUUCAGCAGUGUGUUUGGGACGUGGUGGUGAUGGCGGCGCUGGCCGCCACAGAACAUGGCCGGGUGCGGCUGCGCGGGAUGACGCGCGCCGCAGCGGCCCUGGGAAUUCAGACGGCGGCGGCAGCAGCUCCCGAGGCUGCGGUGGCAGGUGCAGCGGAGGCGGAACCCGAUCUUGACGAGAUCCCGCCCACACAGCUGACGCCGCCGCAGCCAGGCGUCAACCCCGUCGAGCUUGCGUGCGCUCGUGCAGUCGCGGACUUCUGGUCGCGGCUGAUGCAGUUUGCGCAGCUCGGCGUGCCCCAAAAGGGCUGGGAUGGUGUUGACGCCACUCACCCCAUCCUGGCGGUGGUGAACGGUGAAAUGCUGUGCGCGAUGCCGCAAGCUAUGGAGCUGGAGGCUUGAAAGGGAUCAGCCCUUAGGAGAAGCGCGUGAGCACUAACAUGAGCCACUGAAGCAGUGGCAUACGAGAGGGUCAGCGGGGGAGCUUAGUGGGCAGGCGAAGGGUUUUUUUGUUUUACGCCCGUGGGAGCAGGGCCAGGUUUGCGGGGUUUUUAUGCCUGAGAGGGUGUAUUGGGUGCUGCAACACCCCGGGUCUUACGGCCUGGACCGGCCUAGUGGCCAGACGCGUUUGUGGCUGCCCUUAGGCAUUGUCUGCCCUGGCGUCGAGAGCUGGUUAGGUUGCGGUUGAGGUCGUGCAGGCUGCCAGGUCGUAGGACUCAGCCCCACAGCCACUGUGGUCGUGCUUUCGCGUGCUGUCGCGUGCUGCGUGUUUUGUUAUGUUUGCUGUUUUUUGUCUGCCCGCCUGGUUUUUUAAGAGGUAGCUCGCCCGCUGGGUCUGAGGUUGUUACACCGGUAGUAAUUCCGCAAGGAUUACUGGCGCGGUGAAGGGUCGGAGUGCGUUGCCCUGUGGACUCCAGAGCUGUUUGCGCUCUGCCGGGGAAACGCCAGGUCACGGCAGCCCUCGAUUGAGAGCCCUGUCGUUGGUUAUACCAGAUACACG